GUACCUAGCAACGGAUGUCAUUUUCCCAACAAAUGUCAACUUUGUCUUGAACAAUUAUUGUGGUACAAAGUAGUACAGAUUUCUUUCACAUUUGCUGCAGAUGUUAAGUGAAAUUUCUGCUCGUUUUAUUACAGAGCAUUGCUUCGAUGCAAUGCGUGCCGGGCAAUCUCAGAGGACUAGGUUCCGAUCAUCCUAACGCAUGGCAAGGAUGGCCGCGUCUGGUACCGAAAUCGACGACUUCUUGAACGGGCCUCUGGUUUCGUGGCUAAAAUCAUGUCUUCCAAAUCCAGAACUCAUAUCAGAAUAUUCAUCUCUCUUCAAUGGAGAUAUCCUGCAUCAGAUUUACCUGCAGAUAGAUCCGGAACCAUCAUGCCACAUAACAAAGCUAGCAGGUUUAGAAGACCAGGCCUUAAUACUGGGUAGAGUGAAGAACUUUGAUGCCAUCAUCAAAAAUGUGAAGAGUUUAUAUGAAGAGGAGUUAGGUAUGACUCUGUUAGUGGUUCCGGAGUGUAUCUGCUUGGGGAAGUCUCCAGAGUCUAGGGAAGGGUUGGAAACCAUGAAGCUCUUGAUAUUGCUGCUUCUUGGUGCGGCCGUCCAGUGCCCUAAUAAGGAGCUGUUCAUAACAAGGAUUAAGGAACUAAAUGUUGAUCUACAGCAUAAUAUUGUGGAAUGUAUAAAACAGGUAACAGACAUGCAGACCGUUGUUCUUACUCCAGACGCUAUUGAUCUCUUCCAAUCACCAACAAUGUUCAACCACAUGCGACGACUUGCUAAAGAACGCGAUCAUUAUCUACAAAACUGGUCUUCCUUAGUUCUACACGAAGGUUUAUGCGAGAACGAUAACGAAAACAAAAAUGGGAAGAAUCGAUCUACACAGAAUGUUAAUCAAAAUAACGGUGACAGUCAACACCUUGCUGUGGAACUUGCUGAUUGGAAGGCAAGACUCAGGAAGCAGAGGCAAGAGCUGGAAGAAAAAUCCGAACAACUUUCCGAAUGCCGCGAAGAACUAGAGCACACUAAACUUGUCCUGGCUAAGUUACGUUCUGAAAGCCAGGAGUGGUUCAAUGAAGCUAGAAAAUCAGCAGGCUACAGAGACGAGGUUGAUGCUCUUAGGGAAAAAGCGGAACGCUGCGACAGAUUGGAACAGGAAAUCCAGCGCUAUCGAGACCGUCUUGCAGAUGCGGAGUAUUACAAGACUCGAGUAGCUGAAUUGCGCGAAGAUAACAAAGCUUUAAUGGAAACUAGAGACGCCUUAGAAGAACAAUUACAAAGGGCUAGGAAACGCGCUGAACAAUGUCUUACUUUAGAAGCUGCUAUGAUCAAACUGAAGAGGGAGGCAAAUGAUAUUGCCUUAGAACGAGAUGCUGACCAACAGAAAAUCCAAGAGUUAAUAGAAGAAAAUAACCAUCUCCAAUACAUCACGAAGUCAGUUUUGAGUGAAAGCAAUAAUAGUAAUUUAGAUACCGACAACGAAGGCGAAAGCACACUGGAAUCGGGUGAAAAUAGCUUAUCGGAACAAUUAACUAGUAACGCUCAAGCUAGAGCUUUAAAACUCGAAUUAGAAAAUAAGAGACUGUUAUCAACUAUAGAUAGCCUACGAGAACAAACUUUAUUGGAAAGUAGUGACAAGGUACUUGAGUUAGAAAAAGAAAAGAAACGAUUGACUUUGAAAUGUGAACAACUGCAGGAGAAUUCAAACAGACUUAUGACACAAAACUCUGAGUUGGAAGAAGUUUUCAGAAAUGCUUUGGAGGAAAAUAGAAAGUUACAAGAUUCCCUUGACAGUCAAAAGACGUACAUCGAUCGGCAAUCCAUUGAUAGAGACUCAGAGAAAAACAAACUACAAGACUUCGAAAAGCAUUUAGAAUCUUUGACCAAGGACAAGCAGAGGAUCCAAAUGCUCUGUGACUCUAUUCAAAGAAGAGCUGAUGAUUUAGAAAAAUCAUUAGAUGCGAGAACUAAAGAGCUUAAUAUCGUAAAGCCAGAAGCUGAUAAAGUCACUGGACUUAUAAUUCUGACAGAGGAAUUAAAAACAAAACUAACAUACAGUGAAAGAGAUACUCAUAAUUUGCAAAGAGAAGUUAACAAAUUAAGAGAAGCAGUGGAAGAAAAAGAUGUUUUAUUGGAUAAACUUACUACAGAAAUUGAACUUAAGAAAAAGGAACUUGAAAGGCUAUCCAGAGAACUAGAAAUAAGCCACACUAUUACAAGCAAAUUCCAAGACCUAGAACAAAAAACUCAAGAACUGAAGUCUCAAAAGAAAGUCGACUCAGAAACUAUCCAAACUCUACAAAAAGAUUUGAUUUCAGAAAAGGUUAACUUUGAUAAGUUACGAAACUGUAUGGAUAAACUUGGGGUAAAUGCAACUGACAUACUUAAUAGAGAUGUCAAUAUAGAAGACUUGUUAGAGAAAAUUAUUACCAAUGUUGAUCAUGAAGGAUUGAUAUCUGAAAUUGCUGCCAAAGCCAACCUAAUGAAAUUGGUUCCAUGUGAUUGCACUCAUGACAAUGAAAACCCGAAUAGUAUUGAUAGUAUAAUAAACCCUCAAAUUGAGCAGCUCACAUCAGAUCUCGCGACACUGCAAGCUUCUUUAGAAAAUAGCCAGGCUGAAAAUGCCAAAUUACAAGUGAACAUUGCGACAUUGAAUUCACAAAAUGGCUCAUUAAUUUCUCAGCAAAUGACUUUACAAUUAGCAAAUAGUCAACUUGCUGCUGAAAAGGAAGAAAUCAUUAAACAACUCGAAGUUCUGAAAGACAAACAGGAUAAUUUAUUGAGAGAUCAGGUUGCCCUUCAAACUCUUCAUGAACAACUUAACACUGAAUAUGAAACACUUCUUAGUGAGAGAGAGCCUAUUAAAGUAACUGUUAGAGAUUUGAAACUAGAAAACCGUGAACUUAAAGAAAAGUUGACACAUCUCGAGAAAAAAGCAGCAGACUUUGAAAUAGAAAGAGAAAAUUUGAAGAUUGAAUCUAGGAACCUGGCGAAUCUUAGAGCAGAGCAUUCAAAGUUAAAAGAUGAUUUCAGAAAUCUCUUUACUGCCAGUGAUAGGCUGAAAAAUGAAUACAGAAAUAUGCAGGAAGAAUAUAGAAAUAUAAGAAGUGAAUUAACACAACUUAAAUUACGUAAUACUGAAAUUUCUGGUGAAGUUAACACUAAAGUCGAAAUAAUUACAAGCCUAGAACUAGAAAUCAAUAAGACCAACCAACAUUGUGAAAUGUUGAUUCAAAUGAACAAGAGUCUGGAUGCCGACAGGCGGUCUUUGAUGGAUCAUGUAUCGCAGCUUCUGACCCAAUAUCAUGAGCUACUUGCCCAUUCACUAAAAGACAAACAACAUUACCAUGAGGAAGAGAAAAUGUUUGCCGAUAAAGUGAACGCUUUGUGCCGUCAGAAGGAAAAGCUUGAGGAAAAAAUCAUGGAACAUUACAAGAAGCUUGACAAUUGCACCACAAAAAGACGUGGCUUUGGCGCGUCGUUUGUGAAGAGAGUUCGUAAAGCCGGUACCGAUUUGAUCAACAAGGUUCCAACUAGAAACAACAAAAGAAUUGAAGAUGCAAGCCGAUCAAAGUCUCAGCUUACCCUAGCAGGUUCUGAAUCAGGAGAAUCCGACCCAGGUAGUCAAGAAAUUGAGAAAUUAUCUAAGAACUCUGACCAAGAUCAAGGUUCUUCAAAUCCCAGUGCUGAAUCGCCAAGACAUAGUAUUGACUCAAGUUUUGUUCGAAGAUUUGAUGAUAAACUGCUCAAGAAAUCUGAUAACGUCGACAUGAGUGGUUCCAUCCCAAGCUUAGAUUCAACUAGGCUGAACAGUGAAAGUAAUUUCGUACGGAGGCUCUCUGGAACAUCGAUUCACAGCGGCGGCGGUGAUGAUGCUUUAAUACGAGCGUCCUUGAGAAGGCGUCCACAUAAGACGGUACCCCCGACACACAGAAACAGUUUCCAAGGUUUAGAAGGUGACACAGGGCUACCUGCCGCUUCGACACCCACACCGUUCGGCACAGCUGGCACUCGACGAACAGUUUACGUAGCUGAUGACGAUCCCAGUGCCAACCUCAACACAAAACCACAGAGC